AUAUAUACUUUCUUGGCUUCUUUCUCAAUUGUCAGUGUCACUGCUGUCUUCCAUGGGUAGUAGCAACUUCCAUUUCUCCGUUAAUGUUUCACUCUCACAAGUCCAAGACCAUGUAUUUAUAUCUGUCCCUCAAUCAUCAUCAUCUGAUAGUGCCACUCCGAUGGUGAUCGAUAACCAAGAUGAAGAACAAGAGACUGUAAGAAUAACGACAGCAGCAGCAGCAGAGGAGCAGAGACAAGAGAAGAAGGUGGAUUCUAGUGAUCAGGUUAAAGAGAAGAGAGAAACCACUGAACCCAAUUCUGAUGGCUUGUGCUGUUCUAUCUGUUUGGAGCCUUGGAAUUCUCAAGGUGAUCAUCAAGUCAGCUGUCUUCCUUGUGGACAUGUGUAUGGUUUUUCUUGCAUUAGUAGAUGGCUUCAAGUUCGUUUGAAUUCUGGGAAGUGUCCUCAAUGCAAUGCAAAGUGCACGGUGCAAAAUGUUAGAAAGCUCUACGCUUCACCAGUAGCAGCUGUCAAUGGAGACCAGCACAAGAAAGUUCAAUCUCUUGAGGCUGAAAUUGGCUCACUUAAGAAACAGAGACUGGAUUUGCUUGAUAUACAAGAUAAGUUGAUCAAAAUUCAAGAUAAUUUGCUCAAGGAAUUGCACAACCUCAAGGAAAACCGAGCUUCUGUGGAGAACAUGCCAUUUGUGCAGAUGGGAAGUAAAACUUUUGGAUUCACUAAUUUUAAUGAGGCACGGAAUGGACAAUUUGAAACCCUCUUCAGCUCAAGGCACAAUAGGCGGACACUACUUCGCUGCAAUGUUAUAUUGGAGCAUGAGUUGGCCGUAGAAGGUGCAAGACUUUUUGCUAUAGACAUCACUUAUCAAAACCUAAUUCUUGCACGAAGAAUUUCUGGGAUGGGUGGGAUACAUAUGCUUAACAAAAUUAACUUGAUUAAUCCUCAUGAAAAUGAGGAUAUUCAGCUUCCUACAAGCACAAAAACUGUUAAAGAUUUACAAAUUUCCCCAUGUGGUAGGCUCACUCUUUUGGCUUCACUUGGGAAGAAGUUAUCUAUACUUAGCAUGGAAAGCAACAGCAUUGUCACCACCUAUAACUUAAGGGUCCCAGCUUGGUCAUGUUCAUGGGAUCUUAACAGCCCCCAUUAUAUGUAUGCUGGCUUGCAGAAUGGUAUGAUUUUGGUUUUUGAUAUGCGUCAUACAGUAAACCCUCUGCAAUCUAUGAUUGGACUAACACCCCGGCCUAUUCAUACUAUACACUCCUUGGUGCAUAACCCGGCGCUUGGUCAAAAUGCUCAAAAAUUGCUGACAGCUUCCUCCUUGGGCCCAUGCGUGUGGGAUGUUAGUGCUGGAGAAAGGCCGUUUCUUGUUCCUGGAUUGGACAAUCAAGGCAUUUGUACAUCACUAGCUUAUGGUCCCUCAAGUGAUGAUAUUGUUGCUUCUUAUCGUCCUAAAUUCUUUCCAUCCAGUGAAACAGAGCGCUCAUAUCAAGAGUCAUCUACUGUUCCUGGACAAGGAAUACUAGGAACUCAGGUUCUUGUCAAGAGAGUAGCUGGUGGCUUUUAUCAUAACUUGGGGUCUACACCGGCAUAUCUUAAUGAUGCUCACAUGGAAAAUUCUGCCAUAAUAAACAUGGAAAAUUGCUUCCCAUUAUUAGCUUAUGCAGAUGGAGUUACCCAUGGAUUGAGGUUGAGAGAAUUGCCAAGUUUGACUGUGAGCCAGAAUCUCAAACCGCAUCACCACCCUAUACUGGAUGUGAAGUGUGCACAUACCAGGGGGACUGGUGUUCUUGGCUGUGUGAGUGAAGAUAAGCUGCAACUCUUUUCUCUAAAAAUUCUAUAGGAAGGUAGCUCAGCUUCAAAAGUUCCUUUGACAUAUUGGAUGUGCAUGUUCCUUGUUGAGCCUGAAACUCUUUUUGGAUAAACAUGAGAUUUAGUUAUUUAAAUUUAGAUGACAGUCCAUUUGUGUAUAUAACUUCUCUCUAAAGUGAUUAGGUUGCACCUUUCUGCAUGGUUGUAUAUAGAAAUAUUUAAUGAUCAUAUCUUUGGAAUCAAAAGCACUGGACAUUGCUGGUAAAUUUUUUUCUGAGUUUAUACAAGUACAGAAUCAAAAUUACUGUUAUUGUGAA